GAAUCGCAGUGAAUAAUGUCACGUCGACAAAAACUAUCGCUGUUGUGUCCUGUUCAAUCGCCAUGUCGUCGUCUUCCCGCUGUCUUUGGAAUUUGUCAACGCCUUGUGACGUCAGCAGGACCGAAACUUUAAGGAAAUUCACCUGGCUGCCGGGAAAGACCGAGCACUCGAAAAAUAAACUAGGUUAAUGGAUUCAUGAGAGACAGAAACUUCUCCACGAGUUGUCAGGUGUAGGAGCGCGAACCUGUCAACUGCUGUAUUUCUUACCUUUUUGAACCGAAGCUUGCGGAUGAUGCGCUUUCACAAUUAAAAGCUCAGUAGAAUAUAAAUAAUAGCAACUUCCGGGUCGAGGCUCCAGUAAACUCUCAUUUAGCUCUGGUAGUUCCAUGCAAACCAGUAUGAACUUUGAGCUGAAGGAGGUGAAAACAAAUGGGAGCGAUGGAGCAACAUGUUUGGCUAAUGAAGAGGUGACAACAGGCAAUGGAGAUGGUGCGGCUCACAGGACUGUGGAGGUAACCGAGAGAGACGGGUUGCUUUCUGAACAGAUUGAUGGAAGUAAUGGGUCUGCUGGCCAUGAAGCAGAAGUUCAAAUGAAUCGGGGAAACGCAUGCACUCAAGAUGUUAGCAAUGUGCACAGGAUAAAGAGAGAGCUGAAUGAAGUCAUCUUCUGGAAAAUCAGACGAUGGAUGGUCAUUGUCAUCAUCCUUAUCAUCAUCCUGCUUGUGAUAUUUAUUUCUCUGGCCUUGUGCUCAGCGAUUUAUGAUGAUGAGGAAGAGAAGAUAGACCCUUCAUUGUUAAAGGUGCCUCAGUACUUCAAUGGGAGCUUCCAACUGCCCAAUCUGAUCUCCACAGAGGAUCUUGUCUCCCUUUCCUCCACUGAAAGCCAAACGCUCGCCGCUGACCUUCAAAAAAAGCUGGCUGACCUCUACACAUCCUCCCCUGCUUUGGGACAAUACUUCUCCAAAGCUGAGAUAUUUGCUUUCAGGAACGGUUCAGUCAUCGCUGACUACCAGCUGACAUUCCUCAUGCCCGAAGAGCAGCAGGAUCAGCUAAGGCAGUUUACUCUGAGCAGGGAGAUGGUGUACAAUGUGUUCAGACAGUUCCUAUAUGACCAGGAGCCAGACAAAUCUGAGAGAUUGUUCAUUGAUCCAGUUUCCCUAAGCAUGGUUUGAAGAGAGUUACGACAAAUGUUCACAAACAGACUGGAAAACCAGUCACAAGACAGUUAUCUGCAACUAAACCUCCUACAGUAAUGUAACAUAUGAUUUGUGUGAUUUUAACACGAGUCUCUAAACAUGUUGCAUAUCAUGUAUUUUUACCACAGAAUGCAACAUGACCACAGUCAUGCACAGUCAUGCACACUCAUACUUGUGGGUUUGACACAAUUGUUCUGUUCAUUGGGCUUUUAAGACUGUGGAAUCAGUCAGUAGUGUGGACUUCUCAGACAAAAUGGACAUCUGCCUUGUGUUAAACAGGAGGAUGUAAAUAGAACUGGGGGUUUCUUGAGCAUGUGACAUCGGUUUUUAUAUUGUUUUCAGAGUUUAGGGUGUAUUUCUGUGUAAAUGUCAGCGCUGCAAGUAUUUAUAUUCAUUUCCUGGCUCUGAUCACUGUAGUUUUAUGUAUGACCAUUUGUACAUAAGAAAAACCUGUUGUUCUUUUUUAAAUGUAAAUACAAGCAUUUAUAUUUUCAUAACUGUUCCAUUAUUUUGCAUCUCUGUCACUAGACAUGAUUUGCAAACCAAAGCUGUGGAACACAAUACAUUUGACUAGCAAGCAGCAAACACUGUACGAAUAUCAGCUUUAGAGAACUGUAGAGGAGGAAUUGUAGUUGCUGGAGCAUUCAUGUUGUGAGUGAAGGCUAUGCAUGCACAUAUAAAACUAUUCUACUGUAUAUACAAGCCAUUUUUUUAUUAUAAAAUUAUAUAUAACCAUAGAG